UGAAAAUCACACUGGGCGGUAUUUUGCAGCAUUUAAUAUCUGGGCGAUUGGUUGCAGGGUAGCGCCGUCUUAACCUCUUAUCUAUCCUUACAUCUCUUCAUUCCGCGGGCUAUCGACACCCAAAUCACCACCAAAUGAUGCGUUGAACGACCAUUUACCGUCUCAGUCUGUGUAACCACGGAUUUAUUGGAAAGCUUUCAAUCGAUUGGAAGAUCAAAAAAGCUCUAUUCCAUGUUGUGAAGUUGUUGUUCCUCGAAUAGCCAUUUUUCUUGCAUUUUGAAACUCGUUCCACAUCAUGACGAGUACCCGGGCUCGUUAUUCCCCGCCUUGGGGAAAUGCCAGCAUCAUUGGAGUAGCUGGAAGCUCUGGAUCCGGAAAAACUUCUCUGGCCCUUGCCAUGGUAGCUUCUUUAAACCUUCCAUGGGUUGUCAUUCUAUCUAUGGAUUCUUUCUACAAGCCACUUAACCCUGAGCAAUCCGCAGCUGCUUUCCGCAAUGAAUUCGACUUCGAUUCGCCCGAAGCUAUUGAUUUCGAUGUGCUGGUAGAUCGCCUCCGAGAUCUUAAGCAAGGCAAAGUUGCGGAAGUGCCAGUGUAUUCAUUUGAAAAGCACGCCCGACUUGAACACACUACUACUAUCUACUCGCCUCAUGUUCUUAUCCUGGAAGGGAUAUUUGCUUUACAUGAUCCCCGAGUGCUUGAGUUGCUUGAUCUCAAGAUAUUUGCAGAGGCUGAUGCAGAUUUGUGCCUGUCGAGAAGAUUGGUCCGGGACGUUAAAGAGCGCGGGCGUGAGAUAGAAGGUUGCAUCAAGCAAUGGUUUGGCUUUGUCAAGCCCAACUUCUACAAAUAUGUAGCCCCUCAGCGAGAGAUCGCAGACAUCAUUAUACCCCGAGGUAUUGAGAACAAGGUCGCCAUCUCAAUGGUAUCUAGCCAGAUACAACGAACACUCGCACACAAAUCAGCCGAGCAUCAGUUGGAGCUGCAACGCUUGGGGAAGAUUGCAGAAGAGGCGCCGUUAUCGCCAAAUGCGCUGAUAUUACCACAGACGAACCAGGUCAAGGGCAUUCAUACGCUGCUCAUGAACCCCAACACUGACAAAGAAGACUACAUCUUCUACUUCGACAGGUUGUGCGCAAUGCUCAUUGAAAAAGCUGUUGACUUCCUUCCGUUUGAACCACAGCAGGUCGUCACUCCUCAGGAGAACGUAUAUAUGGGUCUUCGGAAGACUGCAGAUAUGAGCGCCGUAGUAAUCUUACGUGGCGGUAGUGCAUUCGAGACUGGCCUUCGCCGGACUAUUCCAGACUGUCGCACGGGUAGAAUCCUGAUUCAGUCCAAUUAUAGGACAGGCGAGCCAGAACUUCAUUACAGAUCCCUACCAAGCACCAUCAAUGAGGAUGGAUUGGUCCUGUUACUGGACCCGCAGAUGUCCAGCGGUGGUGCUGCUCUCAUGGCCGUGAAGGUGCUCGUAGAUCACGGGGUUGCAGAGGAUAAGAUAGUCUUCGUUACAUACUUGGCGGGACGAGUUGGGGUCAAUAGGGUGUUGAACGUCUUCCCGGAUGUAAGGGUGGUUAUUGCCCGUAUGGGAGAUGACAUGGAGGAACGAUGGGUAGAAACGAGGUAUUUAGGAUGUUGAAAUAUAUAUCAUGA